AUGCUCUGUGGGGCAGCAAGAAAGACCCCAGAUGAGGCAGAUGAUGGACCUUAUGCCAAAGGAGGCAAAGAUGCAGGAGGGGCUGACAUGGCCCUGGUGUGCCGCAGACAGAGCAUCCCAGAGGAGUUCCGAGGGGUCAUCGUGGUGGAGCUGAUCAAAAAGGAGGGCAGCACGCUGGGCCUGACCAUCUCGGGGGGUACCGACAAGGAUGGGAAGCCCAGAGUCUCCAACCUGAGACCUGGGGGGCUCGCUGCCAGGAGUGACCUGCUGAACGUCGGCGACUAUAUUCGGUCAGUGAACGGGAUCCACCUGACCAGGCUCCGCCACGAUGAGAUCAUCACCCUGCUCAAGAACGUGGGCGAGCGCGUGGUGCUGGAGGUGGAGUAUGAGCUGCCCCCGCCUGCCUCUGAGAACAACCCAGGGAUCAUUUCAAAGACAGUGGACAUCUCCCUCUACAAGGAGGGCAAUAGCUUCGGCUUUGUCCUCAGAGGAGGUGCCCAUGAAGAAGGACACAAGUCCCGCCCACUCGUCCUGACCUAUGUGAGGCCUGGUGGCCCGGCUGACAGGGAAGGAUCCUUGAAGGCAGGUGACCGGCUGCUCAGCAUCGAUGGUGUUCCUCUGCACGGGGCCAGCCAUGCGGCUGCCCUGGCCACCUUGCGGCAGUGCAGCCAUGAGGCCCUGUUCCAGGUGGAGUACGACGUGGCCAUCCCCGACACGGUGGCCAGUGCGGCAGCAGGGCCCUUGAUGGUGGAAAUCACCAAGAUGCCAGGCUCUGCGCUGGGCAUCUCGCUUACCACACGCUCCCACCGCAACAAACCGGUCAUCACCAUUGACCGCAUCAAGCCGGCCAGUGUGGUGGACAGGAGCGGGGCACUGCAUGCCGGAGACCACAUCCUGUCCAUUGACGGCACCAGCACGGAACAUUGCUCACUGCUCGAGGCCACCAAGCUCCUGGCCAAUGUCUCGGAGAAAGUGAAGCUGGAGAUCCUGCCUGCACCCCAAGGCCGGCGCCCCCUGAAGCCCUCGGAAGCUGUGAAAAUGCAAAGGAGUGAACAGCCACAUCGCUGGGACCCCUGCAUGCCCUCCUGCCACAGCCCCCGGCCUCCCAGCCACUGCAGGACGCCUAGCUGGACCACGUCAGCCAGCCAGGACCAGAGCAGAUCCCUGUCCUCCACUCCCUUCUCCUCACCAACCAUGAACCACGCUUUCUCCUGCACUCUUCCCCACGGAGCCCAGCCCAUGAGCCCCCGGACCACAAUGGGAAGGAGGAGGCAGCGAAGACGGGAACACAAAAGUUCACUGUCGCUGGCCUCCAGCACAGUGGGACCAGGUGGGCAGAUCGUGCACACAGAGACCACGGAAGUUGUGCUGUGCGGAGAUCCCCUCAGUGGCUUUGGCCUCCAGCUCCAGGGUGGCAUCUUUGCCACGGAGACCCUGUCCUCCCCACCCCUCGUGAGAUUCAUCGAGCCUGACAGCCCAGCAGAGAGGUGUGGGCUGCUGCAGGUGGGGGACCGUGUCCUCUCUAUCAAUGGUAUCGCCACGGAGGACGGGACAAUGGAGGAAGCCAACCAGCUGCUUCGGGAUGCUGCUUUGGCCCACAGGGUCGUGCUGGAGAUAGAAUUUGAUGUGGCUGAGUCUGUCAUCCCAAGCAGUGGCACCUUCCACGUGAAGCUGCCCAAGAGACGUGGCGUGGAGCUGGGCAUCACCAUCAGCUCGGCCAGCAGGAAGCGCGGGGAACCCUUGACCAUCUCGGACAUCAAGAAAGGCAGUGUGGCACACAGGACUGGCACCCUUGAGCCUGGUGACAAGCUGCUAGCCAUCGACAACAUCCGCCUGGACCACUGCCCCAUGGAGGAUGCUGUGCAGAUCCUGCGGCAGUGUGAGGACGUGGUGAAGCUGAAGGUCCGCAAGGAUGAGGACAACUCGGAUGAGCAGGAGACGACGGGUGCCAUCAGUUACACAGUGGAGCUCAAGCGCUACGGGGGACCCCUGGGCAUCACCAUCUCAGGCACAGAGGAACCUUUCGAUCCCAUCAUCAUCUCAGGUCUCACCAAGCGUGGAUUGGCUGAGAGGACUGGCGCCAUCCACGUGGGGGACCGCAUCCUAGCCAUCAACAGUGUUAGCCUCAAAGGCCGGCCUCUGAGCGAAGCCAUCCACCUCCUGCAGGUGGCUGGGGAGACCGUCACACUGAAGAUCAAGAAGCAGCUGGACCGUUCCCUCCCACCACGCAAGUCAGGCAGCCUCAGUGAGGCCAGUGACGGCGAUGAGGACCCGCCUGAGGCCCUCAAGGGGGGCCUGCUGCCUGCCCGCUUCUCAUCUGCAGUGCCCAGUGUGGACAGUGCCGUGGCAUCCUGGGACAGCUCCGCCACAGACAGUGGCUUUGGGGGCCCAGGUUCCUACGCCCCACCAACUGCGGCCCGGAGUGUGGCUUCACAGGAGUGGCAGCCUAGCCGCGUGAGGAGCAGCCCCCCACCCAUGGAGCCCCGCAGGAGGAGCUACACCCCGGCCCCUGCGGAUGAGAAUUUCCCUGAGGAGGAGGAAGAGGAGGAUGAGUGGGAGCCACCGACCAGCCCAGUUCCUGGCCCGGCUGGUGAGGAGGGCUUCUGGCGAAUGUUUGGGGAAGCUCUUGAAGACCUGGAGUCAUGUGGUCAGUCAGAGCUGUUGAGGGAACUGGAGGCGUCCAUCAUGACGGGUGCUGUGCAGAAUGUGGCCCUCGAGAGCAGACCUGGCCCCAGGCCCUGGCAGCGGAGCCAGGAAGUCUGCCCUCCCUCUGAAGAGAUGCGGGAGCUGCUGCCAACACCUUUGGAAAUGCACAGGGUGACUCUGCACAAGGACCCCGUGCGGAAUGACUUUGGAUUCAGCGUCUCCGAUGGCCUGCUGGAGAAGGGUGUCUUUGUCCACACGGUGCGACCAGAUGGACCAGCACAGCGCGGGGGCCUCCAGCCCUUUGACAGGGUCCUGCAGGUCAACCACAUUCGCACACGGGACUUUGACUGCUGCCUGGCAGUGCCACUCUUGGCUGAGGCAGGCAACAUCCUGGAGCUGGUGGUCAGCCGCAACCCACUGGCUCAGUCCAGCCGGACUCCGCGUGCAUCGGGCCCCCGCAGCCCCCGAAUGCUGUGA